GCCGCCGCACGUAGGGUCAAAGGCGGCGCUGUCGCCCUGGCGACCGUUUCCCAGCUCCGUGGCGCCGCGAGCUAAGCCUUCUUCGGGAGAAAUACGGGGGCCAAGAAGCUUAGGCCAUGUCGGUCGCCGCAUCCUUCUCGAUGCGCACGUCCUUCUCUGCGGUCGAAGGGUUGCCUGAGACUGAGAAGAACGCUGGGGAGUCCGAGAAUACCUAUAUUCUGCGGCCCAUUUUCCAGCAAAGGUUCAGACCCUCUGUGGUUAAAGACUGUAUCCAUGCUGUGCUCAAGGAGGAACUGGCAAAUGCUGAAUACUCUCCAGAAGAAAUGCCUCAGCUCACAAAACGUUUAUCAGAAAAUAUUAAAGAUAAAUUAAAAGAAAUGGGAUUUGACCGAUAUAAAAUGGUGGUGCAAGUAGUGAUUGGAGAAAAAAGAGGGGAAGGUGUAUUCUCACCCUUCUGUCUUGAAUGUAGCCCUCCAGAUCUUUCAACCAAGAACCUGGAACCCCAGCCUCAGCAGCAUGGCUGCUCGCUGUUUCUGGGAUGCUGACGCUGACAACUGUACUCAUGAUGUUUUCAUGAAUGACAGUUUAUUCUGUGUUGUAGCGGCAUUUGGCUGUUUCUACUAUUGAAUCUUUGAAAGCUGGAAAAAGAUAUGACCAUGAAGAAAUAUAAAGUUUUUUAUAUUGUUA